GUCUUCCAAUAACAAGUAUAAAACGUAGUUUAUUUUCCAAAUAUAUAUAUAUAUAUAUAAAGUAGUUUUUUUUUUUUUUUUUUUUUUUUUUCGAGAGUCUAAAAAAUAGUUGAAAAAAUAGAAAAAGAGAAACUAUAUCAUCGUCUUCUCUACUUUCUACACCUGAAAUAUCUAGGGUUUCUCAAAUCCUAACCUAACUCUAACAGAUCGCAACUGCAAUACCUAAUUCGCGAUCUAAUUGAGCUCCGUCGUCAACCGUAGUGUUUCGAUUUUGUGCAAAUUGGUGUGUGUGGUUAUAAAGUUCGUUUUUUUGUGGGUUUUUGAGAAUUCUCUGAGGGGUUUUAAUUUUUGGGGGUGAAUCGAUGGCGGGUGUUGAGGAGGAAGAGGUGGAGUACGUGAGUGAUCCGGAGGAGGCGAAGCUGUCGCUAACGAUGCGGAGGAGGGAAGCGAGCGAUGACGAGGAGGAAGGAGAGGGGGACGAGAGCGAGAGUAGAGAGAAGACGCGGGGAAGGAUUGAUUCUAGGGUUGGGAUUGGGUCGGACGGUGAAUCGGAUGGUCAAGGGGCUGCCGCGGAGUAUGACGACGAUGACGAUGAAGAAUUGGAGUUGGAGGAGGAAGAGGAGGUGGAGGAGAUGUAUGAAGAGGAGGAGGAGGUGGAGGUGGAGGAAGAGGAGUAUGAGGAAAAGGGUGGCCAUGAUGGCGUGGGAGGUGGCCUAGCGGUUGAGGAUGUGGCUGCAGCAGCUGCAGUGGUGGCGAAUGAAUUGGAUGGGGAAAGGGAGAGAUCUGAUGGAGAGUUAGAGGAGGUUGAGACGGGGAACCAGGUGGAAGAGGGAAAAAAAGAGAAUGAACCGUUUGCAGUGCCAACGGCUGGUGCGUUCUAUAUGCACGAUGACCGGUUUCGGGACAGUGCAGGUGGUAGAAACAGGCGAACACUUGGGGGAAGGAAGUUGUGGGAGUCAAAAGAUGACAGGAAAUGGGGGCAUGACAAGUUUGAGGAGAUGUCCUUGCAGGAAAGGCAUUACGAAGAGGGUAGGAGGACUUCUAGAGGUCAUUACCGAGCCCGUGGUAAAAAUCGAGGUGCAAACCAUGGAUAUCAGAGAGGAAACAGGUUUAGAGCAUAUAGCAAUGACAAUCAGAACAAUGCACCCAAAUCUGUGAGGGGGAGAGGCCCUAGAAGGUACGAACCUUCAACAAAGAGCAACAGUGUAGCGCUGUCAACACAAAACAAACAAUCUGGGAGAUCAAUUGAGAAAACAACACAUGCUAAUUCAGGGAGAGUGUCUGCACCUGCAUCAAACGUAGAUUCUAAUUCUGUUCCUGCUAGGAAGCAUGUGUUUGCGUCAAGCUUGAGUUCUGCUUCUCCUCCAUUUUAUCCUUCUAGCUCUUCCACUAAGGAGAUCACUUUGACGCAGAAAAGGGAUGUACCAGUGGGAACCAUUAACCGGAACUUUCGGCCUUCCAUUAUGGAUGAGAAUUUUUCCAGAUCACAAUCCAAUGUGGUACUGCGAGGAAAGGAUGUAGCCAAUGCAAUGGGCAUGGACAAGCUUUCUAUUGAUGAUUCCAUCUCUGCAGUUGCAGGGAAGCAUUCAACGAACUUCCAAUUGCCAACUUCUAGAUCCACAUUGAUCAAUGCUACUCAACCUUCUCAACCCAGGGCUCAGGGGAGGGGUCUAGCUCCUUCAGGGCAGAUGAAUUCUCAACCAGCAACCCGUCAUAACCAAAUUAAUAGAGUGUCUCCUCUAACCCAACUCAAUUCUGUUCAGAGGGGUCCUGUUCAAAGCAGAGUUCAACCUUCUAUACAACAGUUGGGUCAGCGUCCUGGUAGUGGAUCUCAAGCUUCCUCUCCACCAAAAUCAGCUCUAUCAAUAAAUUCAUUUGAAAUUGGGGAACUGGAAUCUCCUCCUGAAUCAAGUAAAUCCAGGACUGCUUUGGUUGGAAAAGGAAAAGGCAGUAUUCAAGGUAGUGGAAGGGGCUCUAUCAUGUACAAUGGAGCUCAGGUUAUUGGAGCUUCUGGGAAUAUGGGCGGUGGUCAUGGUGAUCAAAACUUUCCUCCAACUCCUGCCUUUUUGCCAGUUGUGCCAUUUGGCGGCCAGCAUCCUGGUGGUAUUGGGGUUCCUGCUGUUGGCAUGGCCUUCCCUGGAUAUGUUGCUCAACCACAACUUGGGUUGGGAAAUUCUGAGAUGACAUGGCUACCGGUUUUGGCUAGUGCUGCGGGAGCUAUGGGGGCUGCAGGAGCUUUAGGGGCGACAUAUCCCUAUAUUACUAUGGAUGGUGCUUAUCAUUCUCGUCCAUCAGGACAAUCUUCCUCAGGUGCUUCAAGCAAAGAAAACAAUACAAAUAUUUCCAGUAAUGAAUUGAAGCCGUCACAGAGACCGGAGCUCGCAAGUGAUGAGUUUGGGCAACGGCAAAACAAUCCUCGAAGAUAUUCGAAGAUAAACUUUGGCCAGUGAAGUACUGAAAUAUGUUUGAGCCUUUUUGAAUAAACAGAUUAAAAGGCCUUUCUCCGGGCCCUUUGUGAUCUCCAGUAUUUGUUCUGGAGCACUUUGGGCUGCAUUAUAUUCCAAGAUAUUUUAGGAUUGUUUUGGAGCAUGAAGAUGUAUUUGUCUGUGUGGUUAUACUAUAUACAUGUUUGUGAACAUGCAAACACUUGGAACUUGCAUGAGAUGCUGUUACCUGGCUUUCGGUAUAUAUGACAAACGCCCGCUCAUGCUGCACUUACCUGAAGAAAAACAUUGCAGCUUGACGGGUGGCAGUUCUUUGUUCAAAUGUGUGGUUUUCUGUGGGUUGGUUUUCCUCGUGGAGCUUGUGAGAAUUUGGUCGCGGGCUACUUCAAAAUUUGUUUUAAAAAAUGGAGAAGAAGAAGAAGGAUUAUUGUGCAGCUGUUUGGUUAGUGAAGUUUUUUGUUUUCUUAAAGAUGAUGGUGCAUCUCUUGGGUUUUCCUCAUAAGCGAUGGCUUUUACCAUUUGUGGUCAUUUCUCUUGUUUUGAGGUACUUUUUGAUGUCCGGAUUCAUUUGCCUAGUCGAGAUUUUUUUUGUUCAAUGAACUUUCUAGUCAUUAUAAGGCGCUGGUUUGUUGAGUGAGAAAUGUAUGUUAUGGUGAACUUUCUGCUACUAACUGAUGUUUUCUGAACAAUGGCAUGCUCUGUUGUGCUUAUGGUACUUGAAAUCACAGUCGUUUGUGGCAGUUCUUUUUCGA